AUGGCUCCUCGCCGGGAUUCCCUGCUGUCGCCUAGGCAGACACAAUUAACUGCCUUUUUCAAACCUGGGCUGAGGCCCGCCGUAGCCCCUCCACAGCGACGAGCAGUUCGGCGAUCGAGACGGCGCCCGAAGAUCGAGUACAACGACGAUGACAGCACUGCUGAAGACGAGCCGCCUGCUCAAGGCAGCAAGUACAUGCCCAUCAGCAUCGAUGACAGCGACGAUGAUGCAGAAGAUGUCCUGCGUCGCGUAUCUGAGGGAAGGGUCCAAAAGCCAAAGUCUCGCCGUGGAAGGCUACCUUGGCUUCGAAAGAUAACCUCGCCUGUACCAGUGGUGCAGACAGCCCGCACAUCGUCUCGACUGGCUGCUGGCAAUCCGCCAAUCACGUCACCAAUGUAUCGCGCGACUUUACUGCCGCGUAUCGUCGAGUCAAUAAACCCCAACGUGCCAGUGUCCCAUGAACGACUGUCGGCGAUGAAUCCAAGCAACGCCGAUAUUCUAUCGGAUGUGUACACGCUUAUUGGCGCUGGAAGAGCUGCUAUGCUCAAACCACUGAUAGAGCUGCUUCUCCUCCGCCAGCCAGUAGUUGGACAUCCCAUAACCAUCCCAACUUACUCGGCAAACCCUACAGCAUUUGAGGACACGAUGUCAGAGGUCGACCCCCCUGAUGGGGAUAUGUCACUGCUUUGUAAGCCUUUUGGAAGUACAGAGGCCCCGCUUGUCGUCACACUCCACUACGCCGCGUAUGUCACAAUCCAACCACGGUAUGGGUCAGCCUACGACAUCAGCUCUGGGUGCAUGUCCCAGGUUCUUCGAAAGCUUGGCCUGGAAACACAAACAAGCCGAUCAGCCAAACAGGGGGUAUUGAUUUUUUAUGUCAUCUCCCGUCGCUUGAUAACGCCAGUUGUUUCGUAUAACAAAUCUACGUUCGGAAACGAAAAGAUGGCCGAUCUCACUGUUGCUGAUCUACGACUCACAACAAGAUUAUGGCAUAGUAGCAAGGCGCGGGCAUGCCUUCUCUGGGAUAGAGAAUCCUUCAGCUCGUUUCUACACGCCGCACGAUCAUCCAAAUGGAUUGUGACGGAGGUUGCAAGAGUCGGCGCACAGGGCAGUCGUGGACUCAAACUGUCGAUAGAUGGAUCCGUCUAUUUGGUGUACACAUCUUCUGAAGACCAGAUCCUCGGUGAGGUGUUUCGAGUUGUCAUAACGCCACCCCCUCUCCACAGAUUUUCAUCACUUGCUACGUCUUUUGUCAGCGACAUGGGACACGCUUGCUCUGCGAUAGAGCGGCUAAUCGAUUUCGGGACCCUGGUAGCGUACGGCUACGCUCCCCGCCCGACAUACCUUUCUUGUUCAGAUAACUAUUGGUUAUAUUGGCCUACUUGUCAAGUCAUACCAGUCACGGAUUUCACUUGUCCUCGCAACCAACUACGAAACGCAGUUGUACGACUAUUGUGGCUGCAUACUUGUGCCUCAACAGCUAUACUUCGAGCUUGGCUAGUAUACUGCAAGCGAUUUUUCCUGCAGGAUAUUAAAUCAAUCUUGAGCGUUCUGAAGCUGAAAGCCACCUAUCCGGGAGCCAGAUCCCUUGCGACGGCGCCUACCCAUAUUGCAGCUACCUUUCGCUCGAAUUUCGGGGGUUCUAUUCCGCUUUUUGAGGCUUGGUUGAAGAAUAGAUGGGAACAAUACGCAACCAUCAAAACAUCGAGCACAGGCGCACUAACCCACACUACGCUCCGAUCCUUGUUCAAGGCCCAGUAUGGUCGAUACCCAGUUGCAAAUAAGUAUCUCAGGCCUGCAGUAAAGCCUCAGCGGGGCCUUGCCCUACUACACGGCAACGACCCUGGUCCCUCCUCAAACGACAACGACCCUGAUCCCUCCUCAGACGACAGCGACGCAUCUGGAGUUACAUUUGACUUUGAUGAGGAGUCUGACUGGGAAGGAGUCUAA